AAGAGCCAGUGUCUUGGCGGACGGUGCGUGUUUACCUCCUUUCCACGAGCCGCCGCUAACAUGUCCACACACAGGAAGAAGACCAGGAAGCUGCGUGGACACGUGAGCCACGGACAUGGCCGUGUUGGCAAGCACCGCAAGCACCCCGGUGGUCGUGGUAACGCUGGUGGCCAGCACCACCACAGAAUUAACUUUGACAAGUACCAUCCUGGAUACUUUGGAAAAGUUGGUAUGAGGGGCUACCAUGACCGCCCCAACCACAGGUGGGCACCCAUCGUCAACCUGGACAAGCUGUGGUCCCUGGUAUCCGAACAGACCAGGACCAACUAUGCCAAGAUCAGCAGGAAGGCGCCAGUCAUCAAUGUUGUGAGAUCGGGUUACUACAAGGUUCUGGGCAAGGGUAAUCUUCCCAAGCAGCCAGUUAUCGUCAAGGCAAAGUUCUUCUCCCGCAAGGCUGAGGAAAAGAUCAAGGCUGCUGGAGGUUGCUGUGUCCUUGUGGCCUAGAUGACGGAAAGUUGAUUUCCAUCAAUACCAUGUCAUCGGGUUGCAUAGCACUAUUUGAUAAUAAAGAGAGAGAAUUA